AGUCAUUCCUUCAUCGAAUUGUUCAAUGACAUGGAAGCAGAUUGCGUUCAUCACAUUGAAAUUCUCACCCGAGAUGGAGAAGCUGUUACCCGGGAAUUCGUUUCAAAAUACAACUUUGUCUUGUUCGCUAAAAGGUCAUGUUCACUCGCAAAUCAAUGGGUUCUCAAAUCACGAAACGUAAUUUUUGUUGUUACACAAUCGAAGUUGUUAAACCACGCAUCACAGAAUAAUAAAAAAACUUGUGAUUUUAUAAGCACUGAUGACUUUUAUGUAGUAUCUACUGAGUUAGAAUACAAAGGGACACAGACGAAGGAAAAUGGGUCCUCUAAAAUUUAUGAUGAAAUCGACACGGUGAACAAUGUGGCUUUGAAGGUCAAAAAUGUCGGAUCGUGCUUGCAGCGAUUGAAAGCAUGUGGGGCAACUAUAUUAAAGAAAGAAACAAAAAUUGUAGACAAUUUUGGAGAGGUAGAUUUAGCAAUUGUGAAAUCUUGUGUUGGAAAUGUGAUACAUACUUUGCUUAAUUGUGAUAAAUACAAAGGUGCUUUUCUACCCUACUUCGAUACUGUUCCCACGAAAGAUGUACAUUUAAUUGAGAAAGCUGAAUCAGAGACUGUGAAUUUAACUCACUUUGACCACGUAACAUUUGCUUGUGAAGUUGGUACAUCAUCAGCUGUAUUGCAGUGGUAUGAGGACUGCCUUGGAUUGACCAGAUUUUUUAUGAACAGUGAUGAAGAUGCAGAUGAUGGUUUUGUGAUAAACACAACAGACAUUGGUCUUCGACUGAAGGCGAUGGAAUACUGGCAUUGUGCGGAAAUUGGAAUCACUGCACCCCAGCAGUCUAAGGAUGGCAAUGGUAUCAAAUUUGUCAUCGCAGAAGCAUUACCAGAUCAAGGUCCAAACCAGGUGGCUACCUUCCUGACAGAGCAUGGUGGGCCAGGCAUACAGCAUAUUGGUCUCCAUACACCAGAUAUAGUAACUACUGUAUCUUGUCUGAUGACUAGUGGUGUAGAGUUUGCUGAACCACCAUACACAUACUACACAGAGGUAGGAAAGCUUGAGGACAUAAAACAGAUUGGUCAAUGUGUGGCAAUCCUUGAGACCAAUGGUAUACUGGUUGAUAUGGAGGUGGACAGAGAGACUGACAGUGAAGAAAUACCUAGUGAGACACACAGCCAGGACCAAACAGAGACAGAUGGACACAGCAGUAAAAAGUACUUGAUGCAGAAAUUCACCAAGCCUCUAUUCGAUAGAAACACCUUUUUCCUGGAAGUGAUUCAUCGCUGUGGAGCUACUGGUUUUGGAUCUGGUAAUAUCACAGCUCUAUGGAGAUCUGUUCAAGCAUACAUGUCUUCUCAACAGAAACCUCCAGUAACAGCAGCCAGUUGACAGCAAACAUCUCAUCCCUAGCUAUGGAGUUCCGUCCAUGUAUCCAUGUCUUUUCCCAGCAUCAUUGUCCAGCUGAUGGGAAAUUUCUUGUUCUAAAUCUUUUUUAUCUACAACAACUGAAAUUACUCAGUACAGGAUUUACAUGCAGUGAAAGAAACUGAUUGUAGUUUAUAUUUUCUGUGAAUUUUGAUGAAUUUUUCGAUCUGUAAGUGGAGAUAUUGUAUAUGAGGAAACUAUACUCUCUUUGGCUUGCAUUACCACUUCGCUUUUCCUAGUGGUUUAUUAGUCCUUAAAACUUGAGAACGUAUACUUUCAGCUUUAAAAUGAAACUUUAGCCCUUCUUUUGAUUUUGCUCAAUUGGUAAAAAGGUGAAACAGACAACAGUGAGACUGUGGCAACAGUUUCCUUGUAAUCUGAAUCUCAUUAGACUUUUUAUGAAUGUAAAUCUCUGGAAGAAAUCUGUGUCUAUGAUAGAUGUUGUGUUUUACAGUAAUUAUAAAACUUUAUAUCUAACAAGGGAUAUGAUAACUGAAUCUCCAUGUAAAACAUAAACCCCUAGAAGAAAUCUGUGUCUAUGAUAUGUGUUAUGUUUUACAGUAAUUAUAAAACUUUACAUCUGUAACAAGAGAUGAUAAUUUAAUCACCAUGUAAAACAUAAAUCUCUAGAACUUAUCUGUGUCUAUAUCUUGUGUUACACGGCUGAGUGUUCAGUGUAUAACCUGAUUAAAAAAUCUUCCUUGAAAAUUAAGAGGACACAACUUUGAACGAUUAAAGCCCUUUUGUAACAUAGGACAUCAUACAAUACAAGAAAUUUUGCCUAAGCAAAACUUAUCAUUGCACAAUAUAUCCUGUCUAUUAUAGUUGAACAGAACAGUGUGACCUGGUAAUGCAGAACAUACUACAACUGUAUACAGUGUAACCUGUCAAGAUAUAUGUUGUAAAGUGCCAAACAUGAAUAAAUAGAAUUAUUUCAACAUCUGCAAUAGAAUUGAUUAAUUUUUAUAAUAAAAAUUUUAUUAGAUCUUCCUUAUAGCAAAAAUUAAUUUAAGAGUUUUUAUAGGUUCAGUCUAAAGUUGUACAUCAGGCCACUGAAUUAAAAGCUUAUUGAUCUUAAUUGGUUUCACAUUUUAGAACUUCUAUAAUGAUGCUCUGAUUUUGGGAAAUAUCCUCAAAGUUGUCUGAUAUUAAUUAAUUUCCUUCUUAAUUUGGAAUGCAAACUCAACACAAAAUUCAUUGUAGCCACUAAUGACAGAAUCAUAAACUAGAAAUACAUUGAUCUCUUCAUCAAUUCAUUAUCUUUCUAGCCAUCCAGGUAAUACUUAAGGAAGUAAUUAUGUAGUGAUACUUAACACAUUACAUUCCAAUAGGGUUGACAUUACUGUUGAAUACUUAACAUACUGAGGAUACAAAAUUUAUUAGUACAAAUAUAUAUACUAGCAUGUAUAUAUGUACUGGUUUUAAACAUUCAUCAUCAUAUGUA